ACAAACCAGGAAACAGGCUGUUAUUCUGCCUCACCCUGAAGAGACACACACACGGUGACAGACGGACCGACCUGCAGACACAAACCAGCACGACUUCCACUGAGAGAGGACAGGAGGAGGAGGGGAUACUGGGAGUACUUGUCAUACUGGGAUACUGGGAAUACUAACACUUCAACCUGCUACUGAAUCCACAAACUGAAUGAGAGUUUCAAAGAAAAACAAUCAAGGUGAGACAAACUCUCAGGGACGAGGAGUGGCUUCCUGUUUUUUCUGCUGCGUGUUUUGACUCUGAGAUAAAAUGGCGUCCAAGUUUGAGAAAGAUUUGACCUGUCCGAUCUGCCUCGACAUCUUUAAAGAUCCAGUGAUGCUGUCCUGCAGUCACAGCUUCUGUAGGGUGUGUGUGCAGGACUGCUGGAAGGAUAAGGAGAACCAGGAGUGUCCACUCUGUAGGAGGAGACAGUCAAAGGAAUUAUUAUCUCCUGCCUAUGCUUUAAAGAACCUGAGUGAGAGUUUUCUGCAGGAGAGAGAUCAGAGAGCUUCAGAGGAUCUCUGCAGUCUGCACUCUGAGAAACUCAAACUCUUCUGUCUGGACCAUCAGGAGCCGGUGUGUCUCGUCUGCAGAGAUUCAGAAACUCACAGCAAACACACAAUCAGACCCAUCGAUGAAGCUGCUCGACAACACAAGAAGAAACUUCAGGAAACUCUGGAGCCGGUAAAGAAGAAGUUCAAUGUUUUUAAAGAAGUUAAAGUGAAGUUUGAUCAAACAGCAGAACACAUUCAGGUCCAGGCCCGACACACAGAGAGGCAGAUUAAGGAGCAGUUUAAGAAGCUUCACCAGUUUCUAGAAGAGGAAGAGGAGGCCAGGCUGUGUGCACUGAGGGAGGAAGAGGAGCAGAAGAGUCAGAGGAUGAAGGAGGAGAUGGAGGCUCUGAGCAGAGAGAUAGCAGCUCUUUCACACACAGUCAGAGACACAGAGGACGAGCUGAGAGCUGAAGACGUCUCAUUCCUGAAAAACUACAAGGCUGCAGUGGAAAGAGCCCAGCAGUGCCCCCUGCUGGAGGAUCCACAGCUGCCCUCAGGAGCUCUGAUAGACCAGGCCAAACACCUGGGCAACCUGAGCUUCAACAUCUGGAACAAGAUGAAGGACAUGGUCUCCUACAGUCCGAUCAUUCUGGACCCAAACACUGCUCAUCCAGAACUCAUCUUGUCUGAAGAUCUGACCUGUGUGACACGAGGAGAGAGACAGCAGCUUCCUGAUAAUCCAGAGAGGUUUGUUUCUUACGGCUCUGUCCUGGGCUCUGAGGGCUUUAACUCAGGGACUCACAGCUGGGACGUCCAGGUUGGAGACAGUACACUCUGGUUACUGGGAGUGUUAGCAGAGUCUGGACAGAGGAAGGGAAACAAACUGUCUGGAUUAUGGUCAAUACGGUUCUAUGAUGGUACAUACAAAGCACGCUCCUCAUCACAUCCAGACACUGUUCUCUCAGUGAAGAAGAAUCCUCAGAGGAUCAGAGUGAAUCUGGACUGUAACAGAGGAGAGCUGUCCUUCUCUGAUCCUGAUACUAACACACACAUACACACACACACACACACACACACACUUUCACUGAGAGGAUGUUUCCAUACAUUUACACUAGAUUUAAUCUCCCACUGAAGAUUUUACCAGAGAAGAUCUAAUACAUGAUGAAGAUGAUAAUGACGAUGAUGAUGACGAUGAUGAUGAUGAUGAUGAUGAUGACGAUGAUGAUGAUGAUGAUGAUGAUGGUGAUGAUGAUGAUGGUGAUGAUGAUGAUGGUGAUGAUGAAGAUGAUGAUGAUGAUGAUGGUGAUGAUGAAGAUGAUGAUGGUGAUGAUGAUGGUGAUGAUGAAGAUGAUGAUGAUGAUGGUGAUGAUGAUGAUAGUGAUCUAAUUCUUCGUCUCUGAUUCUUUUAUAAUUGUUUUGACUGCGUUGUCAUGGUGAUUUUGUUCAUUAUAACUUUGAGUAUAAUUCAACAGCAGGUGAAAUCUCAAUCCUGAUUGGUCGGUUCGUUGGAGUCUCUUUAAAUAUAAUCUGCUCACCGUGUUAACUGGUUAACUGUCGUCUGUGAGCGUCUGAUUUCAGACUUUUUCACUUGAACUCUGAGGAGUCCCUGAAGGCAUCAUCGUCUGUAUCUCUGUGUGCUCGAGUUAUUACCCUGCACGGAGAGAUUAUAAUCUGCACUCGGUGAUCUGAAAUCACUCCACAGUAGAAUAAUAACUUCAGCUCACCACGUUUCACUUUUCUUACUAAAUCGUAGUUCCAUCUUUAAUCUUGUUUUCAUGGACAACACCCCCCACCCUCUGCACAGCACCUUCAGCAGGCAGAGGAGUGUGUUCAGUGUUCCACAGACAGACUCAACAACUCUUUUGUCCCCCUGGCCAUACGUCUGUACAACACCUCACGUUUAUGGCAGGGGGAACACACACAGUGACUCUUGGACUAAAUCUUCCUUUUUCCAUUUCCCAUCUGCACAGCUGUCCCAAGAGUCAGCAUGUAGUUGGACACUUUAAUACUAAUCUCACAAUUAUUGAAAUCGCACCUUUAAUGUUUGCUCUGACUGUUAUUCAAUGUCUGUUUUUUGAUAAUUUUUUAAACAUUGCUGUACAUAUAUAAACAACACAACUUCAGAAGGUCAACACUUUAAAAAAAAAUUAUAUUCAGGUCUAAUUACAGAUUACUUUUUCCUUAACUGUUUAUAGGUUUAAAUGUCACAUAUAUUUUUUAUCCCUGCACGGGUUAUGUACAUUUCUUGUAUAAGUCUAUUUUUAAUUGCACAGUUUAAGUUUGAUUCAUCUAGGGGUAUUCUUUAAAUCUUUUUUUGGGGUUAAUAUAUAUGUAUGGGAGGGGGGGCGUCGGUUUUGUGGUUAAUUUGUAACAAAUGUUUCAUGUCAUGUACGUCUUUGUAACCUGCUACUGGAUGCUUUGAUCUAUCUAUCUAUCUAUCUUGUAGCUCACAACCCACAGGUAGCUGAAUCAGCUGCUCUGUGUUUGAGUCAUCCUGGAGCUUCAUUUUGUAAAGGUACGGCUCCGUGGGUUUGUUAUCAUGUUUGAAAUGUCAAAUAUAAGACCUAAAGACUGUCCAUAUUUCUUUACCAUCUUCAUGUUCAGAGGAUGAAACCUCCUCUGAAGUCUGAAUGCUUUACGUUCUUUAGAACAACAAAGAGUUCAAAUAUCUGGUUAGUGUGAAUCCUGUUCCACCUGUAAUCAUCAAUAAAGUUUCUACACUUGAUCUGAA